AUGUCUAAAUCAUCUAUGCGUAGAAAGAUAUUAAAGAUUUUGGAAGUGCCUCACGAUAAGAGAGAAACAUUAAGCGUUUUAAGAAAUCCUGAUUUACUGCCGAUCCCAAGGAAAGAACAAACAUGGGGAUUUUGGUCAAAUUUUUCAUACUGGGGUAUUAUGUCCUUUUGUGUUGGUAUGUGGAUGUGUGGAUCUUCUGCGUUAAGUGUUGGUAUGACCUAUGGCCAAAGUCUUGCUGCAUUUACUGUUGGUAAUGUUUUUACCAUGAUGUUCACACUUGCUAACUCUUACCAAGGUUUGAACUGGAAAGUUGGAUAUACACUAUCACAGAGAUUUGUAUUUGGGAUUUAUGGGUCAGGUGUUGGUAUUUUGAUUCGUAUUUUGAUGAGUAUUGUUAAUUAUGGUUCAAGUGCUUGGCUAGGUGGGCUUUGUGUGAAUUUGAUAUUAGAUAGUUGGUCGCACCAUUAUUUGCAUUUGCCAAACACAUUGCCUGAUAAUAUUGCGAUGACUACAAAACAGGUUAUCGGGUUUAUGAUAUUCCAUGUCAUUUGUGCUUUUACCUAUUUAAUGAAGCCAUACAAAAUGAAUUAUCUAUUGAUUUGGUCAUCCGCAGCUUGUUGUUUGGCCAUGUUAGGUAUGGUUAUUUAUUUAACACAUAAAGCUGGGGGACCCGGAACUGGGUUUAAAGAUGUCAAACAGACUUCCCAUGGCUCUGAAUUUGCAUGGAACUUUAUCUAUCUGGUUAGUUAUUGGUAUGGUUCUGUUUCACCUGGUAGUACUAAUCAAUCAGAUUAUUCAAGAUUUGCGUCUUCAAAACGGAAAAUUUGGUUGGGUACUAUUUGCGCUUUAUUUAUUCCCACAAUAAUUAUCCCAGUAUUUGGCAUUAUUGGUGCAUCUACUUGCCAAAAAUUAUAUAACGAGUCUUACUGGAUGCCAAUGGAUAUUUGUGAAAAAUGGUUAUUUGAUAGUUAUGAUCCUGCAGGUAGAGCAGGUGUUUUUUUCUGUGGCUUAGCUUUUACUGUUUCUCAAAUAGGUUACACUGUCUCAUCAUGUGGAUUUGCUAGUGGUAUGGAUUUAAGUGGAGUUUUGCCUAAGUAUAUUGAUAUUAUGAGGGGUGCGUUGAUAACCGCAGUCAUUUCUUUUGCUUGUCAGCCUUGGAAUUUCUAUAAUUCCUCAUCGACAUUUUUAACAGUUAUGAGUGCAUUUGGUGUUGUUAUGACACCAAUUAUUUCUGUUAUGAUUUGUGAUAAUUUUCUCAUUAGAAAACAGCAAUAUUCUGUGAGCCAAGCUUUUAUUGUUAAAGGGGAAUAUUAUUAUACUAAGGGGGUUAACUGGAGAGCUAUUUUUGCUUGGAUUGCUGGUAUGGCUCCAGGAUUACCAGGGAUAGCUUGGCAAGUUAACAAUAAUUAUUUUACUAAUAAAGGGAUUGUGAAUUUCUACUAUGCAGAUAAUAUUACUUCCUUUUUAAUCUCGUUUUUCACUUAUUGGGGAUUGUGCCUUAUUUUCCCUGUUAAAAUCAAAAUUAGACACGAUGACAAGGAUUAUUAUGGUGCAUUCACGGAUGAAGAAGCUAGAAAGAAGGGGAUGGUUCCAUAUAGUGAAUUAAGUGCUGAAGAAAUCCAGAAAGUAUUUGACAGCGUAAGUGAUGAUAGUACAGAUACUGAUGAGACUGUAGUAGAAAAUGAAGAGAACGAUCUUAAGAUAAAACUAGACGAAGAAAUACAUGAAGUCCCCGAAAUCGAAUCCAAAUAG